ACAAUGAGUUUCUGGGAUGAAAAUUGGUCCUUGAUAAUAAGGGGGGUAAAUUCCAACAUACCAUAAAUAUAAAGGGAUAAUUGGUACCAUACAGCCCAACAAAACAGCUACUAUAGUUUUCAACCAUCUACCAUUUCAGACACAGCAUUACUUGGUUAGCAUCACGGAAGUACUUUCACUUCAACUAAUCAUUUAAAUGGGAACAUAAACACAAUCAAUAAAUGAAAAAAAAAAAAACCUACAAUCCCAAAUUCAAACCCACACUCACAAAAGUGAAAUCCAAAAUCGAUAUCUGAAAAGGAAGAGGCGAGGGAGGAAGAAGAUGCGGAAGAAGGGAGAAAGGAACAGUGAAGCAACGCGGGGCGUGCUGCGGUAAUGUUAGCCGCAUUCACAGACAGAGAGCUUCUUGUUCUAGACCCAGAGGGAAGAGUGCAAGAAGCUGAAGGAACUUGGGUUCUUAUGGAUUUCCUCGUAAGCCAUGGCGAUGAAGUUAUCAACGACAUCGAAGCCAUUUUGGGUACUGUGUCUUCCUCCUCUCCUCUCCUCUACUCUCCUCUCUCGAUGGUCUUAUCCUCAUGGUUUAAUACCCAAUUUGGUCCUUCUUCUUCGACCCCUAAAUCUUCUGCAAGUCUUGAUUCUUUGUUCUCCAGACCAAAGAAGUCAAUUUCGUACCAUAUCAAUCGAUACAGUCG